AUGGCGGAGCCCUCUCUUUUGCCGCCGCUGGGGCAGAUUACGCCAAAUAAUCAUGGCGCGAUCGUGUCACUUUUCACCUUUAUAUUUCUGUCCUGUACGGUAAUUGUGGUGCUCGCUAAAAUCGCGUCGAUGCUCUAUCUGAAGCGCUCAGUCCCGUCAGUUGACAUUCCAAUUUGGAGCUGCAUGAUUGUUGCAUUCGGUCAAAGUAUCCUAAUCCAGGUCGCUGUCAAUCAUGGCAUGGGGAAACACCGCAGUGAGGUUUCCACUGACUCAUUCGACGCAUAUAGCAAGCUCAAUUACGCGGCCGAGCUUCUGUUGCUCCUCGUUCUCGCACUAUCCAAAGUGUCAACCGGCAAUCUCAUCCGCUCGAUCAGCCCAAGCAAAUCAAUUCUUCGAUGGUGUCUCAUGGUACAGAUCGGAAUUGGUGUCUGGACGCUGCUUGCGCUCUUUGGGACUGCCUUUCAAUGCCCCGCCCCAUAUUGGGAGUAUUCGCCCAGCCGCUGCAUAGGAAAGGGCGCGAUCAGAUACACGAUCAUGAUUUUUAACUUGACAUUGGACGCAGCUCUUGUCGUCCUUCCAAUUGUAAUGCUAUGGAAUGUGCAAAUGCCUCGAAUCCAACGGUUCAAGAUUUCAUCCGCAUUUGCAUCUCGUUCGUUGGCAAUGAUGAACAUCAGUAUCAUCACAGCUUGCAUCCCUAGUCUAUACCGAGUGAUCACCAGUCUGGCCCUAGGGAUGAACACCGUCCAUAUGUUCGAGGGGACGGAGCUGACCUCCUCGGCAAACUCUAAGAAACCCAACUCGCAUUCAACGCCCAAAUCCUUCAGAUCAACCCGGCCGAGUCGCCACCGAGAGAGUGCCUUGAUAUCAAACAUAAGCACAGCCACGUGCAACGCAGUCAGAGAUGAGAGCACUGAAAGCACUAGGAGGAUGGUGAGCCACCUUUGA